AUGCAUUACCAACAGAGAACCCAGCCCUUCGCACACCUCGACGACUCCCAACUAUAUGGGUCACCUCCCGCUUUCCCAUAUCCUUCGCCACCGACGCCACCGAGUCUCAUCCUCUCGCAAUUGUCCUACUCUCGCCCAGCCUAUGAACAAAGUCAUCAGGAGUGGGAUCAGUUCGUAUGCCCCGAGGUCAACUAUACCUCGAUCCAGAACAGUCCUCACUGUUCAUCGUCGCUCAGAGAGCACGAUUGGCCAUACUCACGACCAACGUCAGGGAUGCCGUACCCCAUGUACAUGCCAACGGCCUCAUUUCCGACUGUCACCUCGCCCAGUGAAGUCCAUGGCUGUGAAUUUAUCCGCGAGGGUAACCAGGCUGACGAAGAUAUCUGGGCAUAUUUGGAGGGCAUGCCCAGCUCUACGCUUGGGCUAGCACAAACACCAAGUCCUGUGAUGCGUGGGACAGUCUCGCCUGCGCCGCUGUGGUCCUCACCAACCUCCGGACCAUCUACACAGCGAUAUACCAUGUGGAACGAACGGGUUGUCGUGUCGAGCCGCCGCGCAAUGGCGGCUUGCACGUCACCAUCAGGCUCAGGUACACAUCGCGUACCCAGCUUGGUCUCGUCUGGCCUCCCUGCGGGAGCGCGGACAAAGACAAACACCGAAUACGAAGAAAGCGUACCAAAUGCCGGUAUCACCGGCAUCGCGGGCGGUUUUUUCAACAACAACCACCAUAGUCGCUACAUCGAGGCCGUCGACGUACACACCACUGGCAACGACAAUCACGUUGCCACUGCGGUCCGACCUGCCACUAAGAAACCUCGAUCAUCUUCCUCAUCAGCUCUUGCGCGAACCAAGACGCGUUCAAAGACGAUGAGCAAGCGAUCAGAGCGCCUCCCAAUGCAAGCUGCCAACGAUGUCGAGCAGGCCACGCAGCAGGUGCUGCGCAAGCAGAAGCGGAAGGCGCCCGACGACGCCGGCGCCGACAGACCCUGCGCUGCGAAGAAAGCCAAGUGCUCUAACACAGGUCGUAAGAAGUAUCCCUGCCUACUCAAGUGCGGACACAAGGCAAUCAGACGGUAUGAUAUCGAGCGACACAUGGCCCUCUCCUGCCCUUUGAGGCCCAGUACAAGCCGAAAACCCUUCCCAUGCUCCAUCUGUGGCGGUGGGUUUUCGCGAAAUGAUGCGCUCAUUCGACAUAUGAGGGACCGGUCCGAGAAGUGUUUCGACGCCGAGAGACUCGACGCCGACUCUGGUGGAUACAACGACCACUAA